CCGCGGCUCCACUCGCAGAGGUUGCAGCCAUUGCACUGAACAGCAUCCCACAUUCAACAGGAGGAACCCGCGGGAGAGAAGCCCGGACCCCCUUCACAGCCACAGCCUGUGCGCCCCGCGGCCCCUUGCGCGCCAUGGCCAAGGAAGGCGUAGAGAAGGCGGAGGAGACAGAGCAGAUGAUCGAGAAGGAGACCAGCAAGGAGCCUGCUGAGGGCGGCGACUGCUCCCACCGCCUCGGGGAUGCCCAAGAGAUGCGCGCUGUGGUGCUGGCCGGCUUCGGCGGGCUCAACAAGCUGAAGCUUUCCAGAAAGGCCAUGCCAGAGCCACAAGACGGCGAGCUCAAGAUCCGCGUCAAAGCCUGUGGCUUGAACUUCAUUGACCUGAUGGUGCGACAAGGGAACAUUGACAACCCUCCUAAGACACCAUUGGUGCCAGGAUUUGAAUGUUCUGGAAUUGUUGAAGCUCUAGGGGACAGCGUGAAAGGAUACGAGAUUGGGGACCGUGUCAUGGCAUUUGUCAACUACAAUGCCUGGGCUGAAGUUGUCUGCACACCAGUGGAAUUUGUCUACAAGAUCCCAGAUGACAUGAGUUUCCCUGAGGCCGCUGCCUUCCCCAUGAACUUCGUCACAGCAUACACAAUGCUCUUUGAGAUUGCCAACCUCCGGGAAGGGAUGUCUGUGCUCGUGCACUCAGCUGGUGGUGGGGUGGGUCAAGCUGUGGCUCAGCUCUGUUCUACUGUCCCCAAUGUGACUGUCUUUGGAACAGCUUCCACUUUCAAGCAUGAAGCCAUCAAAGAUUCUGUGACCCACCUCUUUGACAGAAAUGCAGACUACGUGCAAGAAGUAAAAAGGAUCUCUGCUGAAGGUGUGGAUAUUGUGUUGGACUGCCUGUGUGGGGACAACACUGGCAAGGGACUCAGUCUCCUCAAACCUCUGGGGACCUACAUUUUAUAUGGUUCAUCCAACAUGGUUACUGGAGAGACCAAGAGUUUCUUUAGUUUUGCAAAGUCAUGGUGGCAGGUGGAGAAAGUGAACCCCAUCAAGCUGUAUGAAGAAAACAAAGUCAUCGCAGGGUUCUCACUCCUUAACCUGCUCUUCAAACAGGGCCGCUCAGGCCUCAUCCGGGGAGUGGUGGAGAAGCUCAUCGGGCUGUAUAACCAGAAGAAGAUCAAGCCUGUAGUGGAUUCUUUAUGGGCCCUGGAGGAAGUAAAGGAGGCCAUGCAGCGCAUCCACGACCGAGGGAACAUUGGGAAGUUAAUCCUGGAUGUGGAAAAGACCCCGACUCCGCUGAUGGCCAAUGAUAGCACUGAGACCAGCGAGGCAGGGGGAGGAAGAAGAGGACCAUGAAGGCGACAGCGAGAACAAGGAAAGGAUGCCCUUCAUCCAGUAAGACCUCAUAUCUGAGAACAUAGAAGACGGCUGACGAGAAAAUGGCCGCCAUGAGAACUUUCCUGUGCCCCAGUGAACAAAUGCUGUAGUCCAGUGCGUGUCGUGUUUGUCUGCAGUCAGCCAAGCUAAGAAGCUGUUGAUCACUGUUGUGUUUGGAAUUAAGUGCCAAUCCCAUUCCAUGCAGUAUUGUGUCCCUUCCUGGUCUGGGUAUCACACUCUCCCCUCUACCUUGUAUCAAACCCAUCCUUCGUUGGGUACUUCUUGACAGUUCUAGAAUAGCCUUGCAAAUUAAUACAAGACCACAGGGCCCAAUGUCUGAAAACAGACUUGGGCAAGGCCAAGUUUGAUUGAAAGGUAUUGUCACAGAGCCCUAUCCAGAUCCCAUUAUUCUUCAGGCCAAUGACACUCUUUGCCUGCCAGCAAUCAGCUAUGCCUCCAACUGUGACACUUGACAGUUUGGCUAGUGGAAAGAGAGUAGGCCAGGAGAAGUAUUCACGAUCUUAU